CUGCGCCGGCGCGUAGUCCCAACGCCGCUCUCGGCGUUCGUGCACGUGUCACAGAUACCGCGCCGGUAUAAAAGCACACGCUUCUUCCGCGCACCGCACUGCUUGACCGGUCAAGUAGGAAAGAUCACUGAAUUAAACUACUCUUUAAAAAACAUAAUUGUUUUACCUUAGUCUCUUCUUGAUCAGACUGGUAUACGAUCCAGAUUUAAUUUUCAAACUUGAAAGUAAGGAAAGCUUUCCAAGAUGAACGUAGAAAUCAGACACAGUGAAGAUGAUACCGAUGGCGUUUUGGUCGCCAAAGGGGUGUCCAUGGCGGUGCUAUUUUGUGCCUCCAUGCUCUGCGGGCUGGUUCCCAUGCUGCUCGCGAAGAAGUUCAGCUGGAUCACCCCUGACGACGCGGGCGACUUGAAGUCUAGGAACCGAGUCGUUAUGACAUUAUUGUCCUUCGGCGGCGGAGUCCUGCUUUCGACCACCUUCAUGCAUCUUAUGCCCGAGGUCCAGGAAAAUGUGGAGUAUCUGCAAUGCACAGGACGACUUCAAGAGCUGGAGUUUGCCCUGACCCCGCUGCUUACCUGCUGCGGCUUCUUCAUCAUGUACUUGGUAGAAGAGCUGGUGCACAUGUACAUCCACCGACGGGAGAAGAACAAUGGCAAAGCUACUCCUCUUGUGAGGAACUUGAGUAUCAGGAGGAGUAAGCGAGCCAGCGAUGACAACGGAGUUAAAAGUGUCACCAAUUCCACUGCUGAUUUGGUCGAAGCUGAUUUUAAGAAGGACGAACACAGCCAUGCUCAUCACAGCCAUAUGCCGGUGGCAGUGGGCGAUGACGUCACAUCCGCUCUACGUGGACUGCUCAUCGUGCUUGCCUUGUCAAUUCACGAACUUUUCGAAGGUCUCGCCGUGGGUCUUGAAUCCAGUACUCAUCAUGUCUGGUACAUGCUUGGCGCAGUUUCGGCACAUAAGCUCGUCAUUGCGUUCUGCAUUGGUGUUGAGCUAAUUGCAAGCCGUACAAAGACGUGUUUGGCGGUGAUUUACAUCACGACAUUUGCGAUCGUGUCUCCUCUGGGUAUCGGCAUUGGUAUGCUGCUGGUGGGAGGCGAAGGCGCUACGGCUGCGGGGGUGUAUUCUGUGGUGCUCCAGGGUCUGGCAUCAGGAACCCUGCUGUACGUCAUCUUCUUCGAGAUUUGGAAGAGCGACCGGACGGGAAUCUUGCAGUACUUCGCCGCUCUUAUCGGUUUCGGCCUUAUGUUUGGACUUCAACUCUUAACGGGUCACGCGCACUCCCACGGCGACGACGAAUGUCACGGCCACUCACACGACGGUGACCACGGACAUUCCCACAACUAAAUAACUAUAUCAUUUUAUGUAAAUGACCAGAACAGUUUCAGCGUUAUGCACCAAAUCUUAGAGUCUGGCUUAUCACAACAUAAAACUCUUGUCAUUGUUGAGAUAUUGUCACAUCGUCUGAAGAUGCUGUCUCUAUUGGUAAAGGCGACCUAAAAUAGCUAUUUAAUAAUGUAUAGAAACUGAAUAAUGGAUUUUCCAGGCUACGUUUCUCAAAAGCAAUAAAAAUGGCGCUGUACUUUUUCUUCGUUUAACCUUCCGAUUUCAUAGAUAACAGCUAACGCAUUUUUUAUCUUUGUUUUUGGGUAUAAAUUAUGAGCCUUUUUAUUACACUCACGCACAAUUACAUCUUCCAUUAUUCCAUUAUUAUUAUUAUUAUUUCCAUUAUUAUUCUGAUCAAAAUAAAAUGUAAAAAUAUAGGUAGCAAUAUAAGUCUAUACAUAAUGUGAUCCAAAUAUCAAACAGCAAUUAUUUUUAUAUAUUUUUGAAUAAUUAUGUACUUACUGAGAAAAUAGGUAAUUAUCACGUUAAAGCUAUGCAACGCCGGAAAGUUCCUCAUUUUAUAGUGUUUUAGAGGUGUUCGGACUAAACCGGGACUAACAGCUAAGCCUUCCGGUUGAUUGAGAGGAGGCCAAUGUCCAGCAGCAGGAUGUAAUUGGCUAUUUAUGUUUAAUAGGCAGUAGUUGCAGGUUGCGAGUGAUGUAUCCUAUUAAAAAAUAAGAGAAACUGUUAUAUAAGUAACCGACUUUACUCGACUUUUACUCGACUGUGGCAAAGCUAAAAUGAAAGGUUCUAAACUUAUGAAGUUAUGACUUUAGCAGUGUGUAUUUGGGGGUCCAGUUACCAUGUAUUUUUUGUCGGCUAAUUAAGUGCCAGACUCUAUUUCCUUAGUGAUUACUAAAAUAAGCACUUUUAUAACGAUAUAGUUAUUAUUCAAAGACAUUUUUAUACAGAGCAGAGUAUCAGCUCAACAUCUAGUCAUCAAUUAAUACUUAACAGCUAUUUUUACAAUGCAGUAAAUAUUCUGUCUUUCACAUAAAAGUGUCUCUAUGUAAAGUAGAUAUAAUUUUAAGGCCGAGACGCGAAAAGUCUGUUGUAUAUUGUAAUUUUAUAUAUUAACAUAAUUAUGUAGAGAUGUAAAUAGAGGAUGAACGUAUUGUCGUCAAAUCCUGGAAACCACACGUUAUCAAUUAUUAUCUAUGUUCUAAACAUGAAUUUUUACUCAUUAUUAAAAAAGUAGGAUUACAGAAAAAAAUAUAAGGUACUUAAAAGUUUUUAAACACAUUAGCCUAGAUACAAUAUGCAACAGACUAUAAACAAGUUACUACCUAAGUAUUGUUAUCUAUCUGUGAUAUUGUAAUGAGAAGCAGGUGGAUUAGUUUUAUAUCAUUUAAUUACUAAUUAAAAUAAUUAACUGAUAAGAUUAAUUAUACAAAAUGUAAUAUUUUUGCUACAAUGAAGUACAAACGUGUAGAUUAUGUUUGUAUCUGUAAAUAUAUUUUUUAAAUAAUUGUAAAUAAAAUGACUACAAUUUUAA